AACCACUCGUCUUUCUCACCAACUCGGUCAAAUACUCUCUCUUGCAUUACUUCUGAGAAAAAGAAGGUCCCCGAGUCAAUUGCACCUCCUCUUGUUCUCCACCACCUCCCAUUUAUAUUCCCUUCAAUUCUCUCACCAAUUACUUUCCACACAACACACAAACAUAUCUUGUUGUUAUUUGCUCUCUCUCAAACCAUGGGAAGAUCCCCUUGUUGCGAGAAAGAACACACCAACAAAGGAGCUUGGACCAAAGAAGAAGACGAACGCCUCAUCAACUACAUCAAGCUCCAUGGUGAAGGCUGUUGGAGAUCCCUCCCCAAAGCUGCUGGCUUGCUCAGAUGUGGCAAGAGUUGCAGACUCAGAUGGAUAAAUUACCUCAGACCUGAUCUCAAGAGAGGCAACUUCACUGAAGAGGAAGAUGAACUCAUCAUAAACCUCCAUAGCUUACUUGGAAACAAAUGGUCUUUGAUAGCUGCAAGGUUACCUGGAAGAACCGAUAACGAAAUAAAAAACUAUUGGAACACUCACAUCAAGAGAAAACUCUACAGCCGCGGAAUCGACCCUCAAACUCAUCGUCCACUCAACGCUGCCUCCGCCACUCCGGCAACCACCGUCACAGCCACCGCAGUUCCAUCUUCUAACAGCAAGAAGAAGAUAAAGAACAAUAACAACAACAACAACGGUUUUCAGUUGGUGAAUAAUAGUGCUUAUGCCAACACAAAGAUUGGGACCGACAUGAUUGCUGCUGAAGAUUCUAACAGCAGCAGUGGCGUUACAACAGAAGAAUCCUUCCCUCAUCAUCAACUCAACUUGGACCUUUCCAUAGGUCUUCCUUCUCAACCCCAAGUUUCUUCUUCGUUGAACCCAGAAAAGUUGAAACCAGAACCGCAAGAGCAUGAUGAUCAGAAGCCACAGGUUUUGUACCAGUUGUAUGGGAAGAACAUCACUGGCCAACAAGGUGUGUGCCUAUGUUACAAUCUAGGGCUUCAAAGUAACCAAGCUUGUUAUUGCAAAACCAUGGGUACUUCUACUACUACGGUUACUACCACAACUGCGACCGAUAGGAAUCUAUAUAGAUUUUACAGACCCAUGAACAUUUAGACCUUAAAAUGUCAUGUUAAUUAAUUAUUGUGACCUCUUUGUUAACAUGGAAAUAGUUGUAGAAUCCCAAAAUUUUGAGAAAAUUUAGAUCAUUUUUUGUGUCCAAAA